AUGGGCUGUUUGUCAUUGCAGUGUGUCGACCUUCCCACAAUGGUACAUCCAGCAAUGGUCGGGAUGAACAAUGAAGAUAUUGAGAAUUCAGACGGUGAAUCUGACAGUGCCGACAGCCCCGAAGCCGCCGAAGAAAGCGAAUCUGAUGAGAAACAGAAAGAGAAAGGUCGGUUUCAAGUUUUAUCAAGCUUUUCUCCUUUUUUAUGUUCUGCUCUUUGGCCUACUCUUCUUCAUUUUUCUUAA